GAUUCCACGUCCAUUGAAGAUGUGGUUGUUGCUAGUAGUAACACAACUGAUGGCGUCAGGGCUGGUCUUGAACAAUCAUCAGCUGAAGAUAGGCAUGAUUUUGAUCACGAACAACAACCCCAACAUUUUGGCCAGCAAAAUUUGGUUCCUGCUGCUCAUCGUGAAAUUGAAUCCCUCCUUUUCACUCAUGGUGCUGCGUUUAGUGAAUUUGAAUGGGAGGCUGGCUUGCUAUCUUAUGUUGCGACAAAGAUAUUUCCUGACCUACGAGGCCCUGCUCUUUGUUUCUCAGUCCAUCCAUGAGCAUUAUUCAAGAAAUAUGGCCAUCGUUCAGGAAAAACUUGCUGCCCUAUUUAUAUCUACUGAAGGAACUGGUAGUACCGAGUUUAAAGCAGCUUUCCUGUAAAUCAUUUUUGUGAAAAAAAUGAAUAAGGGCACAUGCUCGCCGCUUUAGGAGAGAAAAUUGAAUAUGAUGUUUGGACAUAAAAAUCUCUAAGUCCUA